AUAUACCUCAAUCUACAGUGCUGGAGUCAACAUCGGCAAUAAGUCGAAUUAAUUGCAUACUCUCUCCGCGUUGAAUGUUGAUCUGGAUUACGAACGGCGUAUGAUGUGUUUCAAAGCCAUAACCUGCCCUUCCAUUGUAUAUACAUUUUAAUUUCUUUCGCGAUCGACUGGAUGGUGGAAAAACCGCGAUGGAUCAAGAUAGCUUAUACAACGACUAUGAUGCUACUAGUUGUAAAAUGUGGUACUAAUGAUGUCUGUGCGUGUUGCAAACAGUUUAGUGCAUAUUUACAUGAAAAUAAAAUAAGCUUCAACACUUACGCGCAUUAAUUUGUGAUUUGAAUCGAAUUUUAUAGUUGUUAUAUUGGAAGAAAAAUGAUAAUAGAUGAUCCAGAAGCUUUUAAAUCGUGGCUGACAGCAAUACUGGAACCUUUGUGCGAUGCAGAUCCCGCAGCCCUAGCAAAAUAUGUAUUUGCUUUAGUGAAGAAGGACAAGCCUGUGGCUGACCUGAGGGCAAGUAUGGUUGAACAGCUGGAUGUGUUUCUUCAGAGUGAAACAAAGAAAUUUGUAGAUUUGUUAUUCAAGACGCUGGAGACACAGGUGUAUGAUGUACCAGCUACAUCUGCUGCGAUGGUAGUACACCAUACUGCAUCAACAGAUGUAGCACCAGUAAUUGCCGUUGAGCCAGCUCCAGCCAAAGUACUUGUCACCAAACAGGCAGCAGAGCCAAUAUUGUCGGAGUCACAGAAUACAGCUAAUGCGUCCAAUGCCCAGCCUGUAACUGGAAAUCAGGUGGUGGCAGGCGUGACUUCAUUGGUGAACUCUGUGCAAACCAAUGGGUCUAUAUCUUUGCCAUUGCAUAAGCGUGAUUUGGAUUUGCAGGCACGUAGUACACACAGAAAAUCUGAUUUGGACAAAGAUGAUAAAGGUCGCAUUGGAGGACGAAAUCGACAUCGUAACUCUAGGUCUCCUUCAAGAGGCCGAUCUCGGUCCCGUUCUUGGGAUCGCACAAGAAGGUCACGUAGUCGGGACAGGGAUCGCGAGAGAGAUCGAGAGAGAGUCAGAGAGAGGGACAGGAGUAGGGCGUGGCGAAACAAAUCCCCUCCACCCAGAAGAUACGAAAGGGAUCGAAGGAGGAGCUGGUCUAGGUCUAAUUCUCCACCUGGUACGACUGGUCCUGUGGUUAGGACCCGGAGCAUGGGGAACUCGCGUUCUCGGUCUAGGUCACCACGCUACAAUCACAGAGGACGCUAUCGUAACAGAUCCCCUCCUGGGCGGCUGUCCCUCUCUCAUUCGCGGUCUCGAUCCAAUGAGAGGACGCGGGAUAAAAAGGAUUCUUUGUCAGGAGCAGGCACUCCUACACAAGACAGUAACCAUGGGGAUGUGGACAUGAGGCUCACAACUACAUCUCAGAGCAUCCAGAGUGUAGUCAGUGCUGGUGGUAAGACUGCCGACAGUGGUGCCAAUUCAGGAACUACUCUACUAUCUGGAAUCUAUCAUGCCAAGAGAAGAUGUCGAGAUUUUGAUGAAAAGGGGUACUGCAUGCGUGGUGAUUUGUGUCCCUAUGACCAUGGAAAUGACCCAGUUGUCUUGGAGGACGUAGCAUUAUCCCGUGUGCUGGCAUUUGGUCCCAACCACCCACCAUCCCAUCCAUUGGUACCACCAGGCACUGGACCUCCUACUCCGUUAAAUCCUCCCGGUGGUUCGCAGCCACCAGCUGCAGCAGAAGUCACAGAAGGACUGGUGGAACAUGGCCCAACUCCAGGGAUUCCACUAGAACCCCCACCACACCACAUGCCACAUCCAGUACCACAUCCUCAUAUGAGGGGACCACACAGUGGAAAUAUGGAAUACAAUCCAGAUGCUCCAAGCAUGGAACCAAGGAUGUGGGGCCGUCCACCAUUCCGUAGUGGGCCUGGAGGCAUGAGAGCAGGAGGAAUGAUGAGGGGUGCAAUUGGUCGCCCAGUGCUGUACAAUCCUCAACCACAGCGAGAACUUAUCAGUGUGCCUGUGACAGACCAGACUCAUAAUUACUCUGCUGGCUACAAACGUAAUCGUCCAACUGCUGAAACCAACAAUUAUAUCCCAAACACAGAGUCCAAAGAGUCUCCACCAUCCAAAAAGAAGUCAAAUUUUGACUUUGCUCGCUUGGGACCACGUCACAAGAACCCAAAUAAUUGCUCUUUGGAACUCAAGAAAGUGCCACGUGGUUUGAACAAUAUUACACACCUCAACAAUCACUUCGCCAAGUUUGGCAAGAUUGUAAAUAUUCAGGUUUCGUUUGAAGGGGACCCUGAGGCUGCACUCGUGACAUUUUCAAGUCACGCAGAAGCAAAUGCUGCGUACAGGAGUACUGAAGCUGUGUUGAAUAAUAGGUUCAUUAAAGUGUUCUGGCAUAACAAUAGUGAGGGCAAACAAGAGAAUGUCCCACCUCCACGGCCUUCGGUGAAGGAGCGCCUGGGAGUACCAAAUCCAGUCUGUAACAAUAAGGUUCUAAAUACCCUGCAGCCCAAAGCAUCUCUUGCCCUUCAAUCUGAAGCUGUAGAGAAGGUGAUAAUGUCUGGCAACAACUUGACAAAAACAGUUUACAUACCAACAGCACUGAAGAAGCAAGAGAGUUCUGUCAUCAGUUCAUCCACUGUCCAAGAGAAUUCGAAAGCUCAAGCAGCGGCUGCUAUCAAGAAGACACAAGAGAUUUUGGCUGUGAAAGAAACACUCAAAAAGAAGCAGGAGGAAAAACGGAAAGAAGCACUAAAACUGACUGCAGAUUUGAGGAAGAGGAAGCAGGACCUCUUGGAUAAACAGCUGGCACAGCAAAAGCUGCUGAUAGAGAGGCUGGAGAAGGGCGGGGUAGCUGCUGAGCAGCGAGAAGCUCUUAUGACUACCAUAAAAAAGUUGCAGGAGAGCAUUGAAAAGAUCCGUAAAGACUUGGCUAGUGGAGUUGUGCAGGGUGCAACUGGCACAGCCAGCACCAGCAGUACUGGAGCCAGCAGGCAGCAGAGUGCGGCUACACCAGUCGUAGUGAAGAAGAGCAAAGAAGAGGCGAGUCAGCUUAAAUAUGCACAGCGUGAGAUCUUGGAUGCAGAGUUGGACCUUUUCACGAGACAACAGGAGGGUGGGGAUACUUCAGAAUUGCAGCGGAAGGUGGCUGAGCUGAAGAUGGAGGCUCAUUCCCUUGGGCUGCUACAGGGAAGUAUUCCUAAUACAAGACUGCACCACAGGAGUUCUGUGCACCUGAACAGGAGUCUUAGUAGAACAGCUCGGGGCAGUUUGUUUCGAGGGAGGGGGCGAGGUUUUACACAUGUUUGUGUUGAUCAUCGACCAACCAAAGUUCUUGUGUCUGGGUAUGAGGAGGAUGAGAAGACGGAAGUCCUGGCACAUUUUGGACAAUUUGGUGAAAUUGUGGACUACAUUGUCGAUGAAUCCACUCCUUCCAUUAUUUUAAACUACAAGUCUCGGAAAGAGGCCGAGGUGGCCAUGGUGAAAGGGCGUACUUUCCAGGACCGUUUGCUAUCAAUUACAUGGUGUAGCAAUCCAGGGGUUGGUAGAGGAGUCAGGGGAAGCCACAACUUGAUGUCAGCUGUGCAUCUCCAUCAUGGACUGGGUCAUCGCUCUGUGAUCAUGGUGGGGGCUGGUGCAGAGGGAGGGGAACAACUCUUGGAGGAAGUGGAUGAAGGCCUCAUUGAAGAAGAGGAUGAGUUGGGUGUAGCUGAGUUGAGUGAGGAUGUACUGCUACAAGAUGAUGAGGAAGAAGAGGAAGAUGGUGAAGAUAGAAGCUGGCGACGAUAGCAGUCGUGAUCAGUCUGUAUGUCUCGAAAUUCACGGCCCAGAGGGCUUGCUUGCAGUGUAAUUAUUCGAGUGUAAUGCACAGUGUGUAGGAACAUGUGCGUUAGUAUGUAUAUACAUAUUUUGUAACUUUUAUAAAUAUUAGAUAUUUCCUUUGGUUCCAAAUGUGAAUUUCAAUUAUUUUAACCCUUCCCAAGCAAUUUUUCUUGUGUCUGUAAGUGGAAUAUUUUUUUCUGUAAACUAAAUUUUAUUAUGCGUGGAAGUCUUCAGAGUAACUAAAACUAUAAUAUAAGUUUUGAAACUGAAACUGAGUUUCACCAUAUGUUAGCUCCAUUUACCAACUAAAGACUGUCCUGUAACUUGAUGCAAAGUUUUUAAUGUAAAUUUCUAAUUGGAUAAAUGACGCACGUCUCACUGAAUUUGUUGCGCUUCUUUAUGAGCCAUCACAGUUAUUUCGGGUUUCACGCACAUGGAAACAUGUUUUGCGAUUAUAACGUCAGUGACGUUUUCCAUUGCCAGCACUAACUCUGGAAAACAACUUCUGUGUGAUACAUUACAAAGUACUUGGUCUGGGUUUGAAAAUGGCUUUUUCUGCAUGUCUUUGCUCUGUGAAUGGAGAGUACUGAGCUAGAGUUUCGGGCAUAUCUUUUGUAGAUGGUAUUGCUUUUUUCUGUUACGUUAUUGGUACCUAUUAACUUGUGCUCUAGGUUUUGGCUGUGUGUAAUACUUGUUGGUGUAGACAAAUUAUCCAGAAGAUGGGUUGGUAGUGUCUUUCAUGAGAACAGUGCACAGCUGUUAUUGCUUGCAUAGUUCUCAACAUCAGGGUUCUCAUGUACUGUUUUAACAGUAUAUGUAUCUGUUAGAUACCACAGACAUUCUUAGCCCAAAGUUAUAAGAUUAUAAGUUUUAGAGGAUGCUGUCCUUUCAUUUACUGUUAAAUAGAAGUGGGAAAGUAAUUAACCCUUCAGUGACAGCAACCAUUUAUGUGGUGUUCAACCCUGUGGACAGAGGAAAUUUAACCCGAUGUACCUGGUUUGUGCCAAGGUCAGAGGCUAUCGUCAUGUGACGAGCAGGUUCAUAUCGUGCGCAGAGGGUUAAGGAUGCAUUUUGACCUGUUUUUGUGAAAUACAGGAUUUAUUGAUCUUGUUCCUCAGUGUGUGCAAAAUGUUUGUUCCAAAAUAAACUGAAAUUUAUCUGUGACAAGACAUCUGAAAAUAAUUGCAUUUUGUUUACCUUUGUUUGAGAGAAGUAAUCAGCAUGGGAUGUAGGACCACGGCUUCAACUCCAGACACUGCCUUGAGGGUUGAAGAUGCUCUCUCAGUAGGGGAACAUAUUUCAUACUUUCGUCUUGUUGCCAUUCAGUAUGGUUUCCUGUAGAUUGAGGUCCAACAAAUUCAAGUGAAAGACAAAAUUAAAAUAUUUAGCAGGCUCAUUUGUCCAAUAAAAAAUUGAUGGUACAGCUGCAUCUUUUUCAAUAUUUUGCAUUUUGGUACUUUUGCUUGGUUCAAGCCACUUACUUACCAUUGUGUAUGGUUUUUCUGUCUGUUGUGCUGUUCUAGCUCUGCGUAGCACUGGCAUCACUUAUCUCAUAAUAACUGUCAGUGGAAUGAAAGUCUAAAAUUAUUUAAUGGUAAUAUCUGAAACAGACACUAUUUCUUCAUCGUGCACUGUCCCCCUUUCAAUGUUUGAUAUGCAAAAAGAUUGAAAAAAACAACCACUAAACAAAUUGUCUAAGUGACUUGGCACAUACGUGAAGAACUGUCUCCCACACUCGCAUAUACCUAAAUCCUGUCAUUUGAAUCUGUAGUAUCACAGAUGUCACCAACAUUUGCCUUGACAUCUUUUAAUGUCAUGGCAGAGACAGCAGUAAAUACAGACUUUGUAUAAACUUUGGGUAUGUCCAUAUUCUGCAUAUGAAGUACUGGUUGACCUCAGAUGUAUCUGGUUUUCACUUGGGAAGGGUUAACGUUAAUUUGAUUCUGUUCAUACAACUAAAUGCAUUUCUAUUGGCAUAGACUAUAUGACAAACAUUGUAAUUUUGAGUGAGAACAAAACUUCUGUAACAAAACUGCUUUCAUGUACUGCAAGAAAAUUGUAAUGUUGUCAUUACUAGUAUAGUUUUAAUGGUUUUGUUUUAAAGUCAGUGGCGUAACUUUGGCACGUCAAUCACCAGUGAAAUAAAUGCUCUGACUUUCAAACAUUGGAAUUUCAUUUUCCAUACUAAUAAAUGUAUGUGCACUGAUUAAUGUACAACAUUGACAAUGUCUUUGUGUUAUAUUAAGUCAUAGAUAAUUGUACUUGAUUUUAUUGUAACAUAUAUUUGUGAUUUGUUUUCUUCAAUGAAAUGUUCAGUAAUUGAUGUAAAAAUACUUCAUGCAAAAAUGUGCUUUGUAUAAUGGUUAAAGAUGAAAAGAUUGAAAAGAUAAUAGCUGAUAAAUGAAAAGUUGAAAAAGAAAAGAAGGAACACUAAAGAUUAAAAUGUUAUGAAAAAUUACAAAAAAGAGAGUGAAAAAAGAAACAGAAAACAUUAACCAAUUAAAGCACUGAAGUUUUUGUACAAUAAUAAAAGAAGUGGGAGCAAAUACUAAAAUGAAACAAAGAAAAGAUCAAAACAAAAAAAUUAUCACUUGCCCCACCAACAAAACAAUUGUUUCUUAAAAGAGCAAGAUUUUCUGCAAAAGACAUUUUAUGCUAUGUGGUAAAUAAGAUUGUGUGCCUUUCAGACAA